AUGCAGCCGAGGACAAAAGAUAGAACAUCUUCAUUGGAGGAGCUGCGGCUUAGAUACUUUACUCCAAGGGAGGUUGCCAAUAUGCAUUCUUUUCCAGAGGAUUUUCAGUUUCCAAAACACAUAAGCCUUCGACAGCGUUAUGCAUUGCUGGGGAACAGUUUAAGCGUGGCAGUGGUUGCUCCAUUACUCCAAUAUUUAUUCGCGGAACCAUUAUGA